AUGGAUGGGGCUUAUUUCGUAGGCAGAUCUGAGAUCUUGGCCUGGAUCAACUCCACUCUGCAUCUCAAUCUCAACAAAGUCGAAGAGGUUUUUUCCUCCGAACCCCUAACCAUUACUUUUCGAAUUACUGUUUUCUUAUUCGAUUUUUUCCCAUCUGUGCUUCUCAGUCAAUCAAUAGAUGGUGGAAAUGGAGACCAACCUGAAGAUUUCAAUAAUAAUCGAAGUGGUGGAAAUUGGAGAGGUGGUUCAGAUAGAGGAAAUUCAGACAAAGGAGGUUUUAGAGGUGGACGGGGUUUUGGAGGUAGAGGUGGUGAGAGAGAGGGAGAUAGAGGGGGCUUUGGAUGUAGAGGGGGUGGUUUUGGUGGUAGAGGUGGAGACAUAGGGAGCUUUGGUGGUAAGGGUAGAUUAGACAGAGGAGGGUUUGGUGGUAGAGGAUGA